AUGGUUGAAAAAAAUAUCGUCAAUGUUGAAUCUCGUUCUGAAGAAAUCAAACGCCUCAUAUUAAAUUAUUCUAUAAAUGAUUCAACUGUAUUAAAUAUUGAUGGAUUACUCGAUGCAUUGCUUGUACUUUAUGAUGAAUGUUGUAGUACUAAAUGGAAACGAGAAACAGCAAUAACAGGAUUUGUUGAAUAUAUUAGAACAUUUAUAUCUCGUAUAAAACAAAAUCGCAUUAAUCGAAAUGAUUUCGAAACAAUUAAAACUAUUGGUAGAGGUGCUAUUGGUGAAGUUAUUGUUGUAAAAAUGAAAAAUACAGAGAAAAUAUUUGCAAUGAAAGUAAUGAGUAAAUCGGAAAUGUUAAGAAAAGCAGAUACAGUCUGUUUUCGUGAGGAGCAUGAUAUUCUUGUAUCCGGUGAUCCUCAAUGGAUAACAAAAUUAUAUUAUGCAUUUCAAGAUCAUAAAAACUUAUAUCUUAUUAUGGAAUAUUAUUGUGGUGGUGAUCUAUUAACAUUGUUAUCCAGACAUGAUAAUCAAUUCACUGAAGAAGUAACUCGAUUUUAUGUUGCUGAAAUGAUCUUAGCAAUUGAUUCCAUACAUAAACUUGGAUAUAUUCAUCGAGACAUAAAACCUGAUAAUAUAUUAAUUGAUAGUGAUGGACAUAUUCAUUUAGCUGAUUUUGGUUCAUCUUUACGCAUGAAAGCUGAUGGAACAGUACAGAAUAAUAUUGCUGUUGGUACACCAGAUUAUAUAUCUCCUGAAGUAUUGAACGCAAUGAAUAAUGGUCAAGGUCGUUAUGGAAUUGAGUGUGACUGGUGGAGUUUAGGAUGUGUUAUAUGGGAGAUGUUAUUUGGUGAACCUCCAUUUUAUUCUGAUACUUUAAAAGAUACUUAUGCACAGAUCAUGAAAUAUGGUAGAAAUAAGAUUCCACUGUCAUUUCCUGAUGAUACUGAAGUGUCCGACAAUGCAAAAGAUUUAUUAGAAAAAUUAUUGUGUCCAGCAAGUAAUCGUCUUGGAAAGAACGGAAUUGAUGAUUUUAAGAAACAUCCAUUUUUUAUUUCGAUUAAUUGGAAUAAUCUUCGUCAAUUAAUACCACCGUAUCCUCCGCAUAAACAGAAGCCAACAGAUACAACUUGCUUUGAUGAUGUUGAUGUUGAAACAUAUAUCAAAGAUUUUGAAGCGUCUAUAUCUGAUAGUGGAUUUCCUCAACAAGUACCUUUUAUAGGUUUUACUUAUUCACCAGACACUACUACAACAGUACCAAUGUUUUCUACUUCGCCUACAACAGUCACUCGUUCUCCUUCGACAAAAACUAAAAUGAAAACUCCAUCGAUUGAAUCUGGCUCACAUAUUGUUUACAGUACUUCACCACGUGUUGAAGCUAAAAAAUCAGAGAAUAAUGAACAUGAAGAAGUUGUUAAAGUAUUAAAACUUCAACAAACAUCAUUACAUGAGGAUUUAAAUCGUUUACGUCAAUUAUAUGAUCAAACAAAACAUGAUUCCAUUCAACAAAAAUGUCAAAUACAAUUAAAUAGAGAUUUUUUCACUGAACAAUAUGAAAGAUCUAAACAAGAGCAAAUAGAGUAUUUAACUCGAAUAUUAAAUUUAUUUCAAGAUUUUCCUAAUCCAAAUAAACAAGAAUAUGUUCCAAAACAAAAUGAUUUAUCACCACGAAUCGAUAAUAUGAAAAAUGAAUUAGAACAACAAAUAAAUUAUUUUAUAAAUAAUUAUAAAUCAUUAAUAAUGAAAAAUUCAAAUGAUAAAGAUAAAUUAUUUUUAAAUGACUUAUCUCUUCUUUUAACAAAAUUUCAAGAUGAAUUUUCUCAACUUUUUCAUAAUAAUGGUAAAGAUGAUAUAUCUUUAACAAUUGAAUAUGAAUAUGAUACUUAUCCAGUAUUAAAUAAUCUUAAUCUACUUCUUAAUGAUCUUUACAAACAAAUAAAUAAAAUAUUACAUGAGAAAAUGAAUCUUAGUGAAAAAUUAAUGAAUUUAGAAAGAAAACAUCGUAAAUAUUAUAAAUGGAUAACUAAAAUUCAUAAAUCUAUUAGUGAAGAUAGAUCGGCAAGUUUAUGUUUGAAAAAUUCAGCAAAUCGAAUGAUCGAGGAACUUGAUCAAUUAGAAGAAUUAACAAAUCCUCGAUCUACUAUUACUAGUACAACUUCAUCGAUAUCUACAAAUGGAAAUAAUAUUUCGCAUGUAUUAAAUCAUUCAAUAAAAUUACAACAUAUGGAAAUUCAACAAUUAAAAAUAACAGCUGAAAGAGAAAUUCAAGUUCGACAACAAAUUGAAGAAAAAUUAAAAAAAUCCGAAGCCGAAAUUAUUCGUUUAAAAGAAGAAAAUAAAUUAAUUAAAAAACAGUUAUUUGACGAACAAUCAAAAUAUAAAGCAAGAACAACUUCUUCAGGUAGAGAUCAAUCUCCACCACAUGUUAAUCCUGUACCAUUGCUUGCACCAAUCCUGUCACCUAGACCAAGUAAUGAUCAACCAUUAAUCCCUCGUUCAAAUGUUUUACAUGAUUUUGCAAUCGCUAAUUUUCAUUUGCCAAAUACAUGUCAUUAUUGUCAAUAUGCACUUGUUGGAAUUAUUCGACAAGGAUUUAUGUGUAAACGUUGUUCAAUAAAAUGUCAUCCUGAUUGUAUGGAAAAAAUUCAAACUCCAUGUCAAUUAACUAAUAAAGAUCGAAUUAAUUUAUCUGAUCAACAUAUUGUUCGAAUUCCAAAAAGUUUUGGUUCAAAAAUCGAAUGGAAGAAAUGUCAAUUAUUAAUUAUAGAUUCAAAAAUAUUAUUUUAUGAUUUAAUAAUUGAUCCAAAUACAACAUGGCCACAGCCAUAUGUUAUAUUUGAUGUGGCUAAUGAGAAAUUUAAUACUUGUUCAUUAGCAUUACCAGAACAAAAAUUUUUUCCGGAUAAUGAUAUGGCAAAUAUUUUCAAGAUUAGUGGAAGAAAAAUGUCUAUACCAGAACGUCUAAAAUAUCUUUAUAUAUUAGCAAAUAAUUCAUCAGAAAAAGAGCAUUAUAUUCAUAUGCUAUCAAAUCAUUCAAAAGAACAAAAAACUCUUCAAGAAAAGAAUCCAACAGAAUAUGGAUCUUUCCUAACAAUAGAAAUAUGUAAUACAAAUCUAAAAAAAAUCACAGCAGCUAUUAUUCUUGAUCAAAUCCGUUUUCUUCUUUCUAGUGAAGAUGGUCUUCAUUUAUUCAAUACUAUUGAUGAAUCAUUUACGAAACUACAUGAUAAAAAAGUUUAUCAAUUAUCUUUAAUAUCCAAUAAUCAAUUAUUAGUUAUAUUAUCUGGAAAAGAACGUAUGAUUCGUAUAAAAUCUGUUGAACAUUUACUUAAUCAUUCUGAAUCACCAUUUGAUAGUAAAAUACCUGAAACAAAAAAUGCAACAUUAUUUACAAUUGAACCUAUAUCUUUAACUUUAUGUGUUGCAAUUAAGAAUUGUCUUUGUAUUUAUAAAAUAUAUUCAAGACCUCAACCAUAUUCAUAUAAACAUAUAUGUGAUUUACAUACAACACAAAUUGUAACAUAUUUAGAUAUAUCAAUAUUAGAAAUAAAUAAUGAUAAAGAACGAAUACUUUGGUAUGGUUAUUCUUCAACAUUUAUGGCACAGAGACUUGAUCAACAAUCUCUUAGUAUUAGUCUAUUAAGAGAUAAAGAUCCAACAUUGAAAAUAUUUUGUGAACGACCUAUGGAAAUUUUACGUGUUAUAUCUGUGAAAAAUUCAUCAUCGAAUAAUGAAAUUUUACUUGUGUAUCGUAAAAUAGGUAUUUAUGUAAAUUUUUUAACGGGCAUGAGAACACGACAUCAAGAAUUAAUGUGGCCAGCAUUACCAAUAUUAACAUCUUAUUCUGAUCCAUAUUUAUUUAUUUAUACAGAAAAAUCAAUUGAUAUUUAUAAUGUAUUAUCAGGUAUAUGGUUACAAUCAUUAACAAUAUCAAGAACAUGUCCAUUAGCAACUGAUGGAAGUAUUUCACUUUGUCGUGAUUUAGAAAUUGAUCAAAAUCGUACAAAAUUAAUCUAUAUAACACAGAAAAAUUCUAAAACAUUAUCUGUUAAUAUACCACGUAAUUCUUCUAAUAAUAUAUCACCAAGACAAAAACUAAAACCGACAAUAUCAUCUCCAAGUACAGUGAUAUCAAGACCAUCAAAUUUUCAACACAUUGAACAUAUAGGAAAAGUAGAUGGUCGUAAAAUGGUAUCCCAAAUGGCAAGUGAUACAACAACUCAUACAUUUCAAUUGACGAAAAAACCAUCGUCACCAUCAAAUGAUAAUCAUAGCCAAUUAUCAAGAGUAAAUUCAAAUCCAAAUAGAACAACAGAUCAAUAUCCUCAAAACUUCGUAGCAUCACAUUAUUAUAUGGAUACUGAUACACAAAGACUUAUUGAUAAUCAAGAUCAUAUACGAGGACAAUCAGUUAGUAAUAACAACUAUUCUCGUUCUUCUUCAUCUUUUUCAGUUGAAGAAGAAGAAGAAGAAGAAUGUAUGUAUUCAUCUAUAGAUGAAUGA